AUGUUCGGCCGGCUCUUGGUGAUGGCUGUGGUAACAGCCAUGGCUGAGGAGGUCUUGGAAGCUUCGGAUUGUGACGCCGAUGCAGCGUUGGAGCUGGCGCAGCUCAGGGCCAGGAAGCAAGAGACAUCUUUGAACGAGAUCGAUGAGAGUGACCCUGACCAUGAAACCUUCGAAAGCGGCAACGUCUCCGAGGAAGACUGUUUGGGGAUUUUCUUGGCCGCCCAGCCGGACUACAACCAGACAUAUGAGCCUGAGCUGGAGUCAAGCAGCAGCUUGGGCCACAGCGGCCACAUCAGAACUUUGUAUCACCAAACCAGCAGGUCUGCAGGACCCCAGAUCUUGCGCGGCGGCUUCCGACGUGGGCAUAUUGGAUGGUGUGGUGGCGGCAUCUAUUUUGCCUUGAGCGCUGGGGCCACUUACCACAAAGCUGUUGGAGUGGACUCGGCCCAUGGCUUCAUCAUUGAAGCAAGAGUCGACCUCGGCCGCACCAAGCACAUGCCCGCCCAGUGCACUUCCUCUCGAAGAUGCUGGGGCAUCCCACUCCAGAAUGCCAUCCGCUGCAUCGACCAUUCUUACCAGGGAGGCCAUUUCCAGGGGCAAGGAUAUAACUCGAUCUAUUUCAACCCCGGCGAUGGCGGAGAGUACGUGAUCUGGGAUCCCCGCCGGGUGAUUUCCAUGCGACGAGUUCGCUAA